CGUCAUCUUAUCCAUUCCUCCUGCGGCAACGGCGGCGGCUACGCCCAUUCCGUCGUGCGCCGUCGACGGCCGUCGCCGGCGUGUGGCCACGGCGAAGGUGGUCGGCCCAGACGGCUCUUUGGUGCAGUUCGCGGCGCCCGUCAUGGCGGGCGAGGCGCUGGGGGACGCCGCCAGCGCGUCGAGCUUCCUGUGCAGCGCCGACGAGCUCCGCUUCGACGCGCCCGCCCGUGCGCUGGCGGCCGAGGAGGCGCUGCAGCCCGUGUGGCUCUACUUCGCGAGCUCCGCUUCGACGCGCCCGCCCGUGCGCUGGCGGCCGAGGAGGCGCUGCAGCCCGGGUGGCUCUACUUCGCGCUGCCCAUGUCCAUGCUCCGCCGGCCGCUCUCCGGGCAGGAGAUGGCCGCCCUCGCCGUCAAGGCCAGCUCCGCGCUCGCCGUCGCCAGCGGUCUCCUUCUCAAACAAAGAAACCGUCCCGACCCGGAUUGGAGUUCGCUGCUAUAAGUUGAAUUGUUCUUGGCCCGAAUCAUGAACCAGGCCAGCGCCACCAGCGAGUAGUGCACCGUCGCUUAUGCUCCGCAUCAUGUCGCCUUUGAGUACGCUGGAGGAACAGGCACCGAGUUCGCCUUUGAGUACGCCGGAGGAACCGGCACCGAGUUCGCCUUUGAGUACGCCGGAGGAACCGGCACCGUGUUCGCCGGAAUUCUUGGUCCAGAGAAGCACUCUGAGUCCAACGGUGGCUACAACACAGGUAUGUGAUGCCUCGACCUCCCUCAAAAACAGCCCUGCUGUUGCCCCUUCCCUCAAGCUUUUGUGUGUUCAGAGUAUCUGUAUUGUUUGAUUUUUUGCAUGCACUGUGGCUGGACAUGAUGUUGGCAGUGUAUAUCUUCUAGGCCAAUUACUGAAUAAAUCUGACCAUGGUUGAUUC